GUAUGUCACUAGGUUGUGGUGGGUCUUUAAAGAAAACGACCUUCUAAAAUGUAUUGUUUUACAAUAUUGGUUUUUCCAUUUAAAAAUAGACAUUGCGUGUUUCUUUUCAGGAAAUGUAAAAUCACGCAGUUAGAUAUGACUGUUUAAAACCAGUUAUGUAAAACUAUAUGCAGUUUUCGGGCGUAUGAUAUUCAAAGACUAUUUCGAUAGAAGAAAUCGGUUAAUCGACUUUAUGUUAAGAGAGAGGAAAUUUGUAGACAUAUAAUCAUGUAAAGUAAAGACACAGAGACAGAAUGUCAUUUUCUGUAGAAAAAGAAGUUAAAAGCAGAACAAACAUUCGGCAACUAUUGGAGACGAAGAAAAAAGAGGCUAAUCCUACAACAUACACUGGACAACCAGCGACGGAUGGGGAUGAAGAAGCUAAAACCAUACAUGUUCUGCGAUCAACAACGGCAAAAUAUGAAGAAACUAAAGCUUCAGCAAUCAUUCGGCGAAAACUGGUGGCAAAAGAUGAAGAAGGUAUACACACAACACCUAUUAGUCGACCGUCGACGGAAAAAGAUAAAGGAACUAAAACUACACCACGCAUUCAGGAACCAGCGACGACAAAAGAUACAGAAGCUAGAAACAAAGCAAACAUACGAUCCCAGUCGGCGGAAAAGAAAGAAAAUGCUCCAAAAACAGCAAUUGUUCAGCGACCAUUAACGGAAAAAGACAAAGAAACGGAAAACACAGCAAAAGUUCGACCCGCAUUGGCUGUAGAAAAAGAAAAACCAAAAUCUAUGUCACAUAGUAGUAUACAAGUGACUUCAAAAGAUAAAGAGUCUAAAACGGCAACAUACUUUCGCGGAUCAGUGGCUUUAAAAGUUAAACAAACUACAUCAAACAUUCGUGAAACAGUUAUCUUAAAAGAUAAAGAACAUAAAAACACAGCAAACAUUCGGCGUCCAAUAACGGCAAAAGAAGCUAAAAUAUCAACACAUGUUAGAGAAACACUUACAGCAAAAGAUAAAGAAGUUAAAAUAUCAACACAAGUUAGAGAAUUUAUGAUGAUAAAAGAUCAAGAAGCUAAAACCAAAGUAAACGUUCGACCUCCAUUGACAGAACAGGAUGAAAAGGUUACAACUACAGCACACAUUCAGCAAUCACUGACGUUAAAAGGUAAAGGUGCUGCAAAUUCGUCACAAAUUCAUGCACAAUUGACUUCAAAAGAUAAGGAAUCAAAAAAGAAAACAAAUAUUUGUGAACGAGUGACUUCAAAUGGUAAAGAAUCUACAGUAAACAAUCGUGAACCACUGAUUCCAAAAAAUAAAAAAGUAAAAUCUGUAACACGCAUUCGUGAACCACAAACUUCAAAAGAUGAAAAAGCUAAAAACAAAGCAAAUAUGCGGCGUCCGUUGACGGCUAAUGAUAAAGGAGCUAAAUUUAUGUCACUGAUUCAUGGAACAUUGAUUUCAAAAGAUAAAGAACCUAUAAACACAGCAAACAUUCCGAAUCAGAUUACGGCCAAAGACACAGAUGCUGAAAUAUCAGCACACGUUAGAGAAACAUUGACGGCAAAAGUUAAAGAAGCUAAAUUAUCAGCACACGUUAGAAAACCACUGAAGGCAAAAGAUAAAGAAGCUGAAAAGUUAGCACACGUUAGAGAACCAUUGAAGGCAAAAGUUAAAGAAGCUGAAAUAUUAGCACACGUUAGAGAACCAUUCACGGCUAAAGAUAAAGAAACUGAAAUAUUAGCACACGUUAGAGAAUCAUUGACGGUCAAAGAAAACGAAGCUAAAUCAUUAGCACACGUUAGAGAACCAUUGCCGGCAAAAGUUAAAGAAGCUGAAAUAUUAGCACACAUUCGUGAACCAUUGACGACGGAAGAUAAAGAAGCUGAUAUAUUAGCACAGAUUAGAGAACCAUUGACGGCAAAAUAUAAAGAAGCUAAAUUAUCAACACACGUUAGAGAACCAAUAAUGGCAAAAGAUCAAGAAGCUAGAGAUAAAGUAAACGUUCGACAUCCAAUGAAAGAGAAAGACGAAAAAGCUAAAACUACAGCAAACAUUGGGCAACCACUGACUUUAAAAGGCAUAGAAGCUAAAUAUACUUCACAAAUUCAUGAACAACAGACUUCAAAAGAUAAGGAGUCGAAAAAGAAAUCUUAUAUUCGUGGACAUGUGACUUCAAAAGAUAAAGAAUCUACAGCACACAUUCGUGAAUCGCUGAUUCCCCCAAAAGAUAAGGAAGUUGCAACUGCUACACACAUUCGUGAACCAUUGACUUCAAGAGAUGACAAACCUAAAAACACUGCAAACAUUUGGCGUCCGAUAAUGGGAAAAGAUAAAGAAUCUGAAAUAUCGGCACAUCUUAGAGAACCAAUGACGGCAAAUGUUCAGGAAGCUAGAAAGAAAGUAAACGUUCGAUCUUCGUUGACGGAACAGGCCGAAAAGGCUACAAUUGCAACACACAUUCAGAAAUCUUUGAAGUUAAAAGAUAAAAAAGCUAACUAUUCGUCACAAAGUCGUGCACAAUUUACUUCAAAGUAUAAGGAGUCUAAAAAGACAAUUAACAUUUGUGGAUCAAUGACUUCCAAAGAUAAAGAAAAUACAAUACAUAAUCGAGAACCACUAAUUCCAACAGAUAAAGAAGUUAACGCGACAUUACACAUUCGUGAGCCAUUCACUUCAAACGAUGCAGAAGCUAAAGACAAAGCAAAUGUCCCGCAACCGUUAACGGCAAAUGAUAAAGGAGCUAAAUUUAUGUCACUGAUUCAUGAACCAUUGACUUCAAAAAAGAAAGAGUCUGAAAAUACAACAAACGCUCGGCGGCUGUUGACGACAAAAGAUAAAGAAUCUACAACAAAUAUUCAUGAUCCAGUAACUUUAAAAGAUGAGGAAGCUAAAAACAAAGCAGAUAUUCGGUGUCCAUUGACGACAAAAGGUGCAGAAUAUGAAAUCUCAACGCAAGCUAUCGAACCAUAUGACCAAGAAGCUAAAACUACACCACAUAUUGAGCGACCAUUUACGAAAGAAUAUAGAGACAAUACAACUUCAAUACACGCAUUGGGACAAUUAGCUGCACAAAAUAAAGAUACUGAAAUAGUACAUAUUUCGGAAUCAAUGACAGAAAAAGACAAAGAAGGUAAAUGCAGAGCGCACAUUAGUCAACCACUGACGAUGAAUGAAAAAGAAGUAGAAAACUCAACAUACGUCUGGCGACAAUUGGCGGCAAAAAAUGAAGACGCUAAAAGUGCAGCACGAACAAGGGAAACAUUGACGGCAAAUGAAAUAGAAAAUGAAAUAAAAAGCGGAAAUGUAACGUCUGUCAUUGCUAACGGGAAACAUAGAUAUCAAAAAGAUAGUCUGUUAGGCGAGGAAGUCCAUGAAAGAAAGAACUACCCUAAAAAAAGAACAGAAGCUGACAGUAAAUCAGUACGUUUACAUACAGGUUCUAAAACCUAUACACUAAACAAAAACGACUUGAACCUUAAAACAUUAGUGAAAAGAAAGGGUCACUCAAAAAAAGAGUGUUCUCCAUCAACCACACUCUCUCACAGAUACAAAGAUGAAGAAAUAAUGGGAACAUCAAAAACAAUUUCAAAGACCGGACCUGUUGGUUACCACUGCGCAGAAAGUUCUGAGAAUAUACCUUCCCUAGAGAAAAGUUUCAAGGGUGAAAAGUAUGAUCAUGACGACAAUACCAAUCAUGCAAAUCAUGUUUUCAAUAGUAACGAAGCCGACCAAGACCAGCAUAUUACAUCACUGAGAACGUUGUUUUCCAGAGAUAAAGACGCUGAAAAUACAACAUCGGAAAAAGUAAGCGCAGAAUACAAAACCGUUCGAACAGAUGAUAAAAUAAGGGAACAAAAGGCAUUCCCAGAAUAUAUGACAGAAGCAAGAUGUUUGGACGAAAAGUAUAGGAGACAUACACAAGAUGAAAACUAUCUUCGCUUCAAAAUACAGGCAGGAAACGAAGCUGACACGGACAGAAGCAAAGAGGUUGGAAAGGCGGUAAACCAAGAAAACCAAUUUAAAAAGUUGACCUCGGAUAUCCGAAGUAAGAGCACUGUUAAUAAUAACAUAGAAAUUAAUGGCUGCCGACCAAAACAGAAAACUAAUGCUCAAAAAGAAUACGUGAAAAGUCAAGCGUUUGGAAGAAAACAUCAAGAUACUAUACCUUUCUCUUUUACGAUUACAGGGAUAUCAUUUUUAAAAAAAAUGAUCGAUGAAGAUUCUGAUGUAGUUGUUUCUGAACUAACAAACAAUCCUUCUUUAAUGAAAGAUUGCAUUGAAAGAACAGCAAAAGAUGAAACUGUUAUGGCUUUGUUUUUACAAAUUUUAUCGAACGCAUUUUCUUCAAAGUCUUCAUUACAAUCAUUGAUACCUCUAUUCGAAUCUUUGAAAAUGACUGGAUUUUUCGACAUUCUAGUUGAAUACCUAGCGCGUAUAAUUGUUCAAAUUAAAAGCAAACAAACGGAUGGAUAUACCCUUGAACUGGUUCUAAAACACAUACUUAGCAUUACAAUUGAGCAAAUAACCAGAAAUCCAUCGUCUCUAGUAGUGUUUCGAAAAGUACUUGCAUUAAUGGGUCAAGUUAUUGAUGAACUUGUUGAAAACGGCACGGCAGAUGAUGAAGUCAUAGCGGAAUAUCAACGUUUGACGGAACAAAAGAAAGCGAUAGAAAAAGAGGGAAGGAAAGUGGGCGAGCCAUAUCAGUACAGUAAACCACCAGACGAUUUCAGGCAGUAUCCAGUUUCCCCAAGUGCAGACGAAAUUACUGGUAAAGUUAAACCGUUUCUCAGACCCAAUACUAUUUAUGGCGGUUAUGAAAACCUUAAUGAUUACCUGGAUGUACAGUUUCGAUUGCUAAGGGAAGAUUUCGUUGGACCUUUACGAGAAGGAAUGACCGGAUACAUUGAUAUAAUGACAUCGCAUAAGAAGUACGGAAAUACAAGUGAAAGUUUGAGAAAUCUUGAUAUCAAAGUAUAUGAAAACGUGAGAGUUCAUUCCCCUGUUGUUUCACAACAUGGACUUUGUUACAAGCUGAAACUCCAAAUGAAUGCGAAUCUUAAGAGGCUAAAAUGGAAAUUCAGCAAGAGACUGAUCUAUGGAUCUAUGGUAUGUCUUACAGACAAUGAUUUCAAAAACUUCUUUCUGGCGUCGGUGGUAGAAAGAGAGGAAAAAGAUAUCAAGCACGGGUUUUUCACAGUUCACUUCGAGAGGGAGGAUGUGAGCACAAAAGAUCUUCUCAAUAACGUUUUUAGAAUGGCCGAAACGGCAGGAUAUUUUGAAGCUUACAGACAUGUCCUUUCAAGUCUUCAAACAUUCAAUGACGGUGAUCUCCCAUUUGAAAAAUACAUAGUAAGCUGUGAAAGAAAAAUAAAUCGACCGGCUUACUUAGCUCCUUAUCGUACAUACGACUUGAGACCGCUGGUAGACCAAAAUGUUGAAUUAAAAGCGAACAAGCGUUUCGAUGUUACCGGUUUGGCGCUCUUAUCAGAGUUAGUACCCAGUGUGGAUUUUUCACAGCGCUCUAAUAUCGCCAUGGCUGUAAAGGUAACAGAUUUCAAAAGCUGGCCUAGCAAAGAACUUCUUCAAAUGGACAAUUCCCAGUACAGAGCUGUUCAGACCGCUCUAACAAACGAGUUUGCAAUCAUUCAAGGCCCUCCAGGAACUGGCAAAACAUACAUCGGUUUGCAAAUCGUCAAAGCCCUUCUGCAUAACAAAUCGGCCUGGGCGGGCACUGGACUAUGUAAUAGACCAAUGCUAAUUGUAUGCUAUACAAACCAUGCUCUUGAUCAGUUUCUAGAAGGCAUUGUGAAAUACUUCAAAGGUGACGUUCUGCGUGUGGGUGGAAGAAGCAGCAGUACAGAUCUUGAACAGUUUAAUCUGAAAAAGUACAGACAGAUGCGCUUUAAAAGAGGAACAACACUCGCAAGAUUACAAUAUAACAAAAGACAAGCACGCCGUGGUAUGGAAAGUCAAUCAAGAUGUGUGCAGCGCUUGGCAAAGACUAUACAAGUGUAUCAAACUGAAAUUUUGACGGAGGAUAUAUUAUCUUUGGAAAUGGGACAAACACUUUAUGAUAGUUUAGUAAAUGGUUAUAGAGGGAAGAAGAAAGGUAACUUUUCAUAUAUUGUUAAGUGGCUAGGAAUCGAGUACCUAAAACGUGAAUGCCAGAAUGAAAUACAGAACGCAACAAAGGCGAAAAAGUGCAAACAUGUACGAGUCGAAGAUGAAACAGCACGCAUGCAGAAGGAGAGAAUGAUAGAUAUUGAGGAAAAUCUCCACUUCUCAGCAAAUGAAAAGUCUCUUUUAUGGAAAAUACGUGAAACGGAUGUUGCUUUCUUUGUCGAAGACCCAAAAACGUCUCGUCGCCACAAGAGGAAAGAACAUAAUAAAGGGACAAUUCAGGAUAAACAUUUUCUGAAAUUAUUCAAAUCUACAAUCGUAGGUAAGAUUACAGAUGAAGAUGUAAUGAGCCAAGAAGAAGCUGACAAUAUAAAAGAUGUUUGGAGACUGAAUCACAAAACAAAGUGGCGGUUAUACCGACUUUGGAUUCGAAACAUGUGCGCAAACUUGUACGAAGAAAUAGAAGCAAAACGAAGACAUUUUGAAGCAGCAUCAGAGAACUAUCGAGAUGCCUUAGUACAAGUAGACAAAGAGAUCAUGAGACAGGUUGCUGUUAUUGGAAUGACAACCUCUGGAGCGGCAAGAUAUCAAUCUGUUCUACGGGAAAUUGGUCCAAGGAUUAUAAUUGUAGAAGAAGCUGCUGAGGUCUUAGAGGCACAUAUAAUAACUACUCUGAGCAAGGGAUGUGAGCAUCUGAUACUCAUUGGAGACCACAAACAACUAAGACCAAAUCCUACGGUUUACAAACUGGCUGUCAAGUACAACCUUGAUAUUUCAUUGUUUGAAAGGAUGGUUAAAAACGGAAUGCAAUUUAACUGUCUUGAACUACAACACAGAAUGAGACCCGAGAUUUCCAGUAUAAUGAGACAUAUCUAUCCAGAUCUCAAGGACCAUGAACAUGUAAAAACGUACCCAAAUGUAAAGGGAAUUUCAACAAAUUUGUUCCUGAUCAAUCAUGCACAUUUGGAAUCUUGUAAUGAUGAUAUCAAAAGCUAUGUAAAUACAAAGGAAGCUGAGUACGCCGUUGCUUUGUGUCGGUACCUUUUGCUUCAGGGUUACGAAAGACAAGAUAUCACUGUUCUGACUACAUACACAGGGCAGCUAAUGUACAUGAGGAACUUAAUGCCGGAAGAAGAAUUUGAAGGUGUAAAUGUCACUGUGGUUGACAAUUACCAAGGUGAAGAAAACAAAAUAGUAAUACUUUCCCUUGUACGCAGCAACACGAUCGAGAAAAUCGGAUUUCUGAAAAUAGAGAAUCGUAUAUGUGUAGCACUGUCGAGAGCCAAAGUCGGAUUUUUCGUAAUCGGGAAUUUUGAUCAUCUUGCAAAUCACUCGACUCUCUGGAGAGAUAUUACCACAGACACGAAAGCGAAAAAUUGUUUUGGUGACGGACUGGCCCUGUAUUGCCAAAACCACCCAAGUGAUAAUGCUAUUGUAGCUAAAGACCCUGAGGAUUUUAAACGGGCACCAGAAGGAGGAUGUAUGAAAAAAUGUGAUGUUCGCUUGGAAUGUGGUCAUAAAUGUGAGCGCCACUGUCAUGUUCUAGAUAAGGAGCACAAAACAAACAAAUGCCAGAAGCCAUGCACUAAAACGUGUGAGUUAAGACACAAAUGUCCCCUAAAAUGCUUCUCUGAAUGCAUUCCUUGCAGUGAAUUGGUGAGAAAGCUAAUGCCAGAGUGCAAACAUUUUCAACUUGUACCGUGUGCAAUGAAACCAGUCGACUUUUGCUGUCAGGAGCCAUGUGAAAAGAUUCUUGAAUGUGGUCAUCCAUGCAAAAAUACAUGUGGAGAUAGCCAUACUAACAGAUGCUUAGAGAAGAUAAAUUUCAUUUGGCCAUGUGGACAUAUGUCCACAAUUGUUUGCUGGGAAGCUAAUUCAAAGCUUUGUCCACAUCCGUGUGGUACUGAGCUGCAUUGUAAGCAUAUCUGUAGUGGGACAUGUGGUACUUGUUUGAUGGGUCGGGUCCACCAGCCAUGCAGAGUAACACGCAUUGAGCAACAUUUUUGUGGUCACCAGUUGCCAACUGUUUGUCAAAACUAUCCUAUCUGUGUCAAGCCUUGUGAAAAAAGAUGUAGUCACGGAAUAUGCACCAAACGAUGCGGAGAACCAUGUGAACCUUGCAGAAAACCGUGUCUGUUGAAAUGCCCUCAUACAGUGUGCAGGAGGCGCUGCUACGAAUCAUGUGACAGACGUUGGUGCAACAUGCCUUGCGAGAAACUCUUAAAAUGUAAACACAAGUGCAUUGGUCUUUGCGGGGAACCAUGUCCAAAUAUCUGUAGAUGGUGUCACAAGAAAAUAUUUAAAGCAAAGACAUUUGGCAACAAACAUAAACAAGAUGCGCGAUUUAUCCUUCUCGAGGAUUGUGGUCAUUUAGUUGAAUACCGUGUUAUGGAUGCAAACAUGACGGAGUCUACAGCGGUCGACAAUGUUCGUCUUAAAUGCUGUCUGAAAUGCAAAACGCCCAUUGGCAACUGCCUGAGGUAUGGAAAUAUCAUCAAACCUGUGCUAAAGGACAUUGAGCGCGCCAAGAAAGACAUCAUUGGCGACAUCACUAUGUACGAUACUUUAAAAUACAAAGUCUCAAGAGUAACCACAGGGAAUGCAAUUGAUUCAAUAAUUUACUUAGAUAUAGCCAUGGGAAAUUUAAGUCCAGAAGAUGCUAGAACACAAUAUCCAUCUCAUUACUGCAGGUCGCUAUGUAAGAAGGCGUUAGAAGAGAGGUUAGUAGAUCUAAAGGCAAAAGGUUUGUACACAAAAAGACAACUUGUGACUGUUCAGAAACAGUACGAAAUUGCAAACGAAAUUAUCGACUUAAUCCAGAACAUUAUAGGUUGCGAUGAUAGUCUGAAACAUCCGGAGACAGAAAAAGAUUUGUUAUUUAUGUUGCAUGAAGUUAUACGGAUUGUUGUGCAACCGAGAGACAUUUUGACUAAACAAGAAAAUGAAGAUUUCAGACAAGAAAUCCUUAGAGGACAGGCAUAUGUGAAAUUUCUGAAAACAAAGAAAUCAAUUAAGUCAUCUGUGGAAACAGAAGAUAUAAAUACUGAUGUUCGAAAAAUUGAAUCAAUUUUAUUGGAUAAGACUAGAUUUACUCAAGCAAAAGAAAAGGAAAUAAAUGAACUUUUCGAACGUCUGUCUAGGGGCUUACCGAUCACAGAAGAGGAAAUCAAGGUCUCUGUGUAGGUGCCAGAAGGUCACUGGUAACAUGCCCAAACAGUAAGUGCUUACCAAUCUCUUUAAAUUGUUUAAUCGAAUUUAUUGCUUCAAGGGGGUAAAAGUGUUUGACCUGUUUAUAAAGAUUAAAGAAAAUAUCAAUAUGUUAUUGUAAUUCAUGAAAGAAAAUCAAAAUUGGUAGAAAUAAGUAUUAUUAAAGUAAGAAAGAACAUUAAUUUGUAGUAACUGGUUUGAGGCAGUAUUCAUUUAUAAAUUCGUUUCAAGUGUUCCAAGAUACGAACUCUUCUAAUUCAUUCGUCACGAAGUAAAUCUUGAUGUAAUUUAGAAUGAUUAUAGCUGUACUUUAUAAGAUAUUUAGAAAAUGUCCAGAUAAAUAAAGCGGAUAUAUCAGUUUGAUAUUUUAUAGAUAUUUCUCUUGUACUAUAUCAUAGCACACGGCUGGUGACAUGUCCGUUUAAGAUAUGUCGUCCAUUUAUAUCAAUCAAGAAUUUCUUAGAGUCAAUAUCAAAAUGUAAACAGAAAAAUAGAAGUUUAUUCUCAUUAAACAUUUUUGGAUAGCAUCUGUUUGUAGAAUUAUCAAUACAAAAAUAUUGUUACUGCCUCUUUAAAACAUAGUUUUGCAUUAAACUCUCACAUUGAAUAAUAUCGUAUAUAAAUAGACAGCUUGAACAUUCAAAACGGGAAUCAAAUGAAGUAACCUUUCGUUUCUUAAAAUGUUAGUUUGCAUAUAUUUUGAAAAUAUUAUAAAAUGUUUUUCAAAUGCAUUUUGCGGAUUUACUACUGUCAUUAGAGAAAAGUGUACAUCAGUUGUCAUAGUUACAGUAGCAGAAAGUUUUUCAUUAACAGUAACUUCUAGUCUUGAGUAAUGUUUCAAUGACUAAUUAGUAUUUGAUCAUUUUAGAGUACAUGCAUGUCUGCAGGCUAUCUGGCGAUGAUCGUGACGAAUAUUAGAAAUAUAUAAAUAAAAUUGUUGGCUACCAGCAUGGAAAAGAAAACACGAACCAAGCGCGAGGAAUAUUGAUGCAGUGAAAUAAGUUACUUGUACACUGCAUUUUGCACCACACUGAAAAUGUCAUGACAGUUCUCUGAAUUUUGCACACUUCUUAUAAUGUCAUAAUCACAUGACUGUUUUUUAUACUUCGCCAAUAAUGUGAUGACAGCUUGAUUGAAUUGUGUAGCCUUCCUGUAAUGUCAUGACGUCUCGACUGAUAUGAAUUUUGUACAUCUCCGAUGAUGUCAUGACAUCUUGAUCAAAUUGUAUACAUUUCUGAUAAAUAUCAUGACAUAUUGGCUGAAUUCGUACACCUCCGAUAGUGUUAUGACAUCUUCAUAGAAGUUUGUACUUUUUUGAUAAUGUCAUGUCAUCUUGCGCGAAUAGUGUACAUCUUGGAUAAUGUUUCGCACAACUCCUAUUGCCAUGGAAUACGUGCACAAAACAAAUGUUUAUUAUGCGUUAGGUAUUCAUUCAUUUACUUUGUGUAUAUUUUGUUAUGUAAGUAAUUUUAUCUUAUGUUUCAUGUCUAACUUGUAAAUGCAAAGUUUUGACAUUAUUUCAUCUAUUUUAUUGAAACUACACGUUCACAUGGUAAAAACAUUUAGUAUAUAGAAGUGAAACACAGUUUAAAACUUUCAUGAAAUUCAUACAGGAUAUUGACUGAAUUAUACCUUCAAAGGAGUCUUAGACAAUUUAUCCCUUUCCAGACACUCUAGAGAUACUUUGCAAAAGUUUGCAUAUCAACAGGUAUACACAAACGCCUACCUUUAUCUUGUACAAUUUACAAACAUUUUGAAAUGACUUAAACCUUAAAAAAUCUGGAACGUAUUAAUUAAUAGCUAUUGUUUAGAUUAUAGCAUAUUUGCAGUAAUCACGUUAGUGUGUGUUACAAAAAUAGAUAUGCACAUGUGACAACAGACCCUAUAUAGAUCAGUAAGCAUCAGGCAGGAUUUAGUCAUAUUGUAGUAAUUGAAGUAACUUGUACGCCAGAUAUUGUAUUUGUUUGUUUUCUGGGGCUUUAACGCAAUUUUUUCAACAGUAUUUCAGUUAUGUAACGGCGGGCAGUUACCCUAACCAGUUUUCCUGGAUUCUGUACCAGUACAAACCACUUCUCCGCAAGUAACUGCCAACUUCCCCACAUGAAUCAGAGGUGGAGGAAAAAUGAUUUCAGACACGAUGUUUUUUAUCAAAUCGUCACGGAGAACACACGCCUCGCCUGAGGAUCGAACUCACGACCCCGUGAUCCGUAGAUCUGCGCUUCCCGUGUUGAGUUAAGCAUUCAUCAUAAUGCAGUAACAUGUAAUUAUGUGUGCUGUAUAUUACCACUUUUAUGAAAACUAUACAGUUCACUUAUUUUGUAUUUUUGUAGGUAAAACAGAAACAUAUUUCAACUCUUGGCAGUGUUUAGUUGUAGAAAGAGUCGUUUAAUCUGUAAAAUAUAAGAUAAAAGUUAACGUCCGAGUCAGUUACUAAUUUAUUAUGUAGUACAAAAAGAAUUUAUUAAUGAAUACUGUAUACUGAAAGAUAUCUACUUGUAUUUGUUUUUGAUUAUUCAUUUACAUUACAUUAUGGUUUUUUACAAAGAUGAUAUUGUGAAUUACAUUUGUAAAAAUG